AUGCGCGAGGAGGUGCGGAGCUCGUCGGCGGCGCCCCCCGACCCGCCGCCCGGGAGGUCGGCCUCGCCGCCGCCCACACCCGUCGCCAGUUCCGCUGGUGCCUCAUCGCCCCCUGCACAAACUAAUGUAGCUAGCAUAGACUGGCUAGGCAGUGACCAAGUGUCCAAAGCUGGAUCCUCUCAUAUUGCUCCGCUGGCAUCUCAGCCUGCGCUUAGUACUAAUGCUAAUGGAGCUGCUGCGGACUGCUUUCAAUCAUCAUGCAGACCGUGGGAACGAGGCGACUUGCUUCGUCGGCUGGCUACGUUUAAGCCUUCGACUUGGGCUUCUAAGCCAAAGGCUGCUAGUUCACUGGCUUGUGCUCGAAGAGGCUGGGUGAACAUUGACAUGGACAAGAUUGAAUGUGAAUCUUGUGGUGCACAUCUUAUGUUUACUGCAUUGACAUCCUGGUCCCCUGCUGAAGUUGCAAGUGCUGGGGAAGCUUUUGCUGAGCAGCUCGAUGCAUCACACCAGAAUGAUUGUCCCUGGAGAGGAAAUAGCUGUGCUGAUAGCUUGGUCCAGUUCCACCUAACCCCAUCAGCUCUUGUCGGUGGUUUUAAAGAUCGCUGUGAUGGAUUGUUGCAGUUCACGUCUCUUCCUGCUAUUGCCUUAUCUGCAAUUGAGAGUAUGAAACUCACUAGAAGCGUUCAAAUUGAUCGAGUCUUAUCCCAGUCAGUUACAAUUUUGUCUGGGGAGCUGGGCUACAGAACAGACAGUACAACGGGAAUUGAUAUCGGCCAACAAGAUGAAACCUGCUGCUACUCUCAAGCACAGAAGCUUAUUAGCGUUUGUGGAUGGGAGCCUAGAUGGCUUCCUAAUGUUCAAGAUUGGGAAGAGAAUUCAACCCGCUCUGCCAGAAAUGCAGGCUCAGCUGAACCAGAUGGCCAAUUCCAUUCCCAAUUUCCUGAGCAUCAUCAAAAUUCAUACUCUGCGUCAGUUAAGAAAGACAAGGGGAAAGGUAAAAUGCGUGUCAAAGAUUCUGGAUGCAGCAUGAGAUCACCUUUGCUGGAUUGCAGCCUAUGUGGAGCUACAGUGAGAAUCUGGGACUUCAGAUCAGUGCCACGGCCUUCUCAUUUUAGUCUGAAUAACAUCGACAUGCCUGAUACAGGAAGGAAGCCUGUGUUGAUCCGUGGAAUUAGUGCUACAAGUGGUAUCAAUGGACUGGUUGCUGAAGGAGCAGAGAGAGAGAAUGUUGAGGGACGUGAUGAGGCAGGUAUUGAUGAGGGUAAGUCUCUGUCGAAUGCUCAAGUUGACUUAAAUCUGACAAUGGCAGGAGGUUUGCCAUCAAACUAUUCUGCAUUGCCCCCGAUGCCUGGACAUCUCAAUUAUGGAGGAAUGGGAAGAGAUCUAAUUAUUGGGCAACCCACUGGAAGUGAGCUUGGUGGCCAUGCAGCCUCAUUUGAAUCUCGGGGCCCCAGUUCGAGAAAGCGUAACCUGGAGGAAGGUGGGAGCACAGCUGACAAGCCAAUAAACAGGCUUCAGCCUGCUGACAGCAUUGAGGGAACCGUCAUUGACCGUGAUUGUGACGAAGUUGAUGACGCCGCACAAGAUUCUGGUGCUCGGAGCAAAAGGCUUCGUGGUUUUAAUCUUUUCGAUAUCAAUCGUCCAUCUUCUUCAGGAGCUGGUCCCAGCAGAAACUUAAGUUUAGACCUGGAUAUAGAUGUUAAUAAGUUUGAUACAUCCAAUGCCGAGGGUCCAUCUGUCCAUCGCAACCCAUUUCCGAAGGACUCUAUGCGGGCAUCUUCUGUUAUUGCGAUGGAUACAGUUCACGGCGUGGAGGAAAAUUCAAUGGAAAGUGUUGAAUACCAUCCACGUGAUGUUGAUGAUGUUAAUAAGCCUUCUAGUGCACUCAGGAGUGGUGUAAUGAGUGACACAUUGGAUCUGAAUUAUAGCAACCAAGCACAGCAAAGCAGUUUUGUACAGCCUGCUGCUGAAACUGAAAGUAAUGCAAGAGAGAUAGGAGGGAGUAGUAUGAAUGGAGGGGAAGAAGUCCUCAAUGCUGAAACAACUCCUGCAUUUGCUAGAGAUCAACUUAGCCUGGGAGUUAGUGGAGGGAGUGUCGGGAUGGGUGCCAGUCAUGAAGCUGAAAUUCAUGGGACUGAUGUUUCUGAGCAUAAAACUGGUAGUGUUGUUGGCGACGCUGAUCCAGUUCCCGAGCUCAUUGAGACUAUGGGCCACACUGGUGAGUCAGCCCCUGGACCUGCAUUGAUGGAUGAGUUUGUCCCUGAAGAAGUUGGUCGAGAAGAUCCUAAUGGUGAUAGCCAAGAUAUGGCAUCUCGGUUAGUGGUUCGAGCUGACAGUGGUUCGAAAAUUUGUGGUUCAACUAAAGCUGAUUCAGUUGAGAGUGGAGAGAAGAUGAGUCGUGAGAAUAGCGCACAUCCUUCUCUUUCUUGCAACGCAAGAGUUUAUUCUGGCAUUGAUGCAUCAAAAGAGGAAGUGACUGGUAUAAUGCUAACUAAUGAUGACUAUGGUACAGGAAAUGGUCUAGGAGCAACAAAUGGAGAAAAUGAUUAUGAAACAGAUCUUCCAGACUUUGAUCCAAUAAGACACCACAACGAUUACUGUCCUUGGGUGAAUGGAAAUGUUGCUGCUGCAUGUUGUAUUUAUACUGGUUCGAGCACAGCUCUUUCUGGCUGGCAGCUCACGGUAGAUGCCAUCGAGACUUUGCAGUCUCUUGGGCAAGCUCAAAAUCAGACCAUGCAGUCAGACUCUGCGGCUUCAUUAUAUAAGGAUGAUCACGUACCACCUAGCCGGAAGCUGCUGAAAAGGGCAAACCACAGCAAGAGCUAA